AUGAAAUUGCUUAUCCAGAUUUUAAGUGAUUUAAUAUUUACAACUAUUCAGAGUAUGCCUGUAAGUGCAGAACUACAGUUUAUUGAAUGUGGAGAUCCAGGUAAAUAUCAGAGGAUGAAAUAGAUUCCAUCUCCAAGGAUUUUGGUAACACAUCUGAAUUAUUAUUGCCUCCCCAAGUCUAUUUUCAAGAACAAAGCUAAGAUAGUAGUGUUGUUUCAAAACUCUAAAGACACAGCUGUUUCUUUCAUUUUGCAUUUCCACAACAAUGUGACAAGCAUCCCCAGUUACAGCUCCUGGAAUGAGUUCUCAGGAUUAGUAAAAGAGAAUGUUGGCUGGGGAUCCUGUUUUGAUCAUGGAGUCACCUGGAACAAACACAUCGAGGAUGAGAAUACUAUGGUCAUAUAUGAAGACCUGAAAGAGAACCUGACUGCCAGUGUAAAGCAGAUAGCUGAAUUCUUUGGAUUCUCCCCAACAACUGAACAGGUCCAGGCCAUUGCAGAAAGGCACACUUUGCAGGCAGCGAGAGUUAAGGCUCAGGAGAUUUCUGGUGCUGUUGGCUUGAUUCUUUUCUGCCAAGGUGUUUUUGGAGACUGGAAGAUUCUUUACACUGAAGCUCUGAACAAGGAUGCCAAAUUCUAAGUGUGCUUAGAAAGAAUUAGGCUGGGAGUGAAGUAUAAAUAUGAUGGCUAUUGGGAAGGCCUGCUGAAGAAGUGAGCCUAAUGCUGCAACCUGCAGGUGCUCAAGGUUUGUUAAUGACCUAAAGCCAGGUACUUCAGGAGGGAUAACUGAAGGGA